AUGGACGGCCGCACCGACUACUACCUCCACCUUUUGGAGGAGAAGAAGGAAAGGGAGGAUUUUGUGCGGAGCUACUUGCACCUGCUUGCACAAGAGGCCUUCUUCUUUGACGACGAAACUUGGCAAGUGCUGGGUGUGCACCAUGUGCCGGGCUCAGAUCGCGUGCACGUGGAAGCCAUACCCGAGGACGCCGAGUACAUCGGCUUUCCCGCUUUCAAGUUUGUGUUUAGCUUCGACCCUGCCCUGGGCAAGCUCCGAGGAGGCAACGACGACCAGACCGUACCAGGCUCCGACGAAGCCAAGCUGGUAAAGCGGUUACCAAGGGGGCUCACGGUCACGUGUGUGGGCUGCUACGCCUUCUCGAAAGGAAACAACAAGUUCUUCCUCCUCUCGCCCGGCCUUGCGGAAGAAGAAACCAUCGAGGAGGAAUGUGAACCCUUGUUCUAUCACGGCGCAGCUGCCCCCGCAGCCGAGACGUGA